AUGCUCCAUGCCCGCCAGACUCAGUCCACAUCCAGCAAGACUCUGCUCACCAGCCCAGUUGGAGUCAGGGGACCACACCCUGAUCACAGGUCUCAGUCCACACCAGGAAGCUUGCCAGCUCUGUUAGAGUCAGGGGACAGGGGACUACACUCUGUCCUCAUGUUUUGGUCCACAAUAGGCAAGCCUCUGCUUGCUGGCCUGGUGGGGCCUGGGACCAGCCCCACCCACCAAACUCAGUCCACAACAGGGCAACCAAUCUCCCGCUUGUGGGUGCUGUUAGAGCCAGGGGUUCUGCACUCCCUCCCACCAGACACAGCCCCAACUGAGAAUCAACACCACCACUGGCCAGCAAGAAUAUCAACAACAUGGGAAAUAAUCCUCAGAGACAAGCCUUCCUGUACAAAAGCAUAUAGGAGUGAUGCAGAUGAGACCAGGGAAAUCAACUGUACUGAUGACAGAAUAGCCUGGGUCUCCAGACCUGAGGAGAAUCCUGACCUUCAAAUUGGUCCAGUGGCCAUCUCUCAUGAUGGGUAUUACAAAUGUACAAUAACUUCACCUGAUGGGACUUUCUGGCAUGGAUAUCACCUCCAAGUAUUAGUUCCCCCUGAAGUGACCCUGUUUCUAAGCAGGAAUAGAACUGCGGUGUGCAAGGCAGUAGCAGGGAAGCCAGUUGCACGCAUCUCCUGGACCCCAGAGAGGGAUGAUUGUGACACUAAGGAAGACUGUUUGGCCAAUGGCACAGUGACUGUCCAGAGUACAUGUGCCUGGGAGGACCUCAAUGUGACUACUGUGACCUGCUCUGUCUCCCAUUUGACUGGUAACAAGAGUCUGUGCAAAAAGCUGCCUUCUGGUACCAUAACAUUAGCACAAUUAAAUAUUCGACCUAUUGUUAUCCUCAUUGUUUUGAUUUUGAUCAUCGUGGGAUCCUUUGGGUUUUUGAAAUCAAUUGCUCCAGGUAUUGAGUGA